GGACGAAAUAUUGCAUUGAAACAAAAUGCAAGCCAGUCCAGCACGUAUAACUCCGACUCAUCUAGAGCAAGCAAUGCAGUGGAUGGUAACACAAGUGGUGACUUUAAGGAUAAUAGUUGUACACACACGGCUGAGGGUGACCGAACCCCACUAUGGAAUCUGACUUUCUCCAGACCACAGUUUAUUCAACGAUAUAUUCUUUAUAACAGUAAGUAUUUGUUAAAAUGUACAAAUUGUUAUCUUGCGACACGCUCACUGUAAUUUUUUACGGAAAAACGUAUGUCAUUGUGGACAAUUCAAACUAUUCUUACUUAGUAUGUUGCGAGAAAAUAAAAUGUCUAUAGUAUGUCACAUCCAAAUUGGUGCAACAUUUUAUAAUGAUCGUAUUCUGUUCUUACCAAAGAUAUACUUGAAAAUAAAAAAUAAUACACACAGUCAGUUAUCAAUUUGGUUAAGUGUAAAGGACUAAUAUUAACGCUAAACAACUAUUCUCCACUUUUCACAGACAUAAUUAUAGGUUACAUACUAAGAGUUAAAAUUUCUCUUGCUAUCGGACACUGUUAAAGCUUAGAGAGUUAUGCCGGGGAAGACAUGCAUUAAUCAGAUUUAAGUUGUGCUUGUGUUCCUUAAUUUUAUUUUCAUGCUCCCUUAAAUCAGCUGAUCAACUCCCACACUACUCUCCUACCAAACAACAAAUCAUUGCACACAAUACCCCCACACUACUCUCCUACCAAACAACAAAUCAUUGCACACAAUACCCCCACACUACUCUCCUACCAAACAACAAAUCAUUGCACACAAUGAUAUACCCGUAAUCUCUUUUUUUUCUUCCAUUCUGCCCAUCCCUGCACUAACACAUUCAACACAUUCACACUCUCAAUACAUAUCUCCCAUUCCGCCUAAACCGUACCAACUUACCUUGUUAUGGCCCAGACAUACAUCCUAUCAUACCAACUCCUAAAUCGACGUCCCGCUCCUCACUUAUUCAAAGCAACAUAUUAUUUACACCCAACAUUUCUCUAACAUCACUUCAGUAUUUUCAUUUCACUCCAUCAUUCUUCUGAAAUCUUGAACAUCCUCCCACUUCUCCUUAUCCCCAACCUUCUUACUUAUUCAAAGCAACAUAUUAUUUACACCCAACAUUUCUCUAACAUCACUUCAGUAUUUUCAUUUCACUCCAUCAUUCUUCUGAAAUCUUGAACAUCCUCCCACUUCUCCUUAUCCCCAACCUUCUACAUCAUUCUCACACAUACAUGGCUGGAAUGAACAGUGAUUAUUUAAUGAAUUUUAUUGUUUUUUUAAAAAUUCUUUACAGAAUAGCAUCCAAAGAAAUGAUAUAUACAAAGCAAAAAUAUUUUUAACAUAAAUGAAGUUAAAAAUAACAUGAAAAGUUUAUAUGUAUUUAUUGUUCAUUGAAAUACAAGAAGAACGGUAAACGGUAUUUUAUAAAAGAAUUUUUGUCUGUUCGAAACACACAAUUUUCUUUUAAAACCAUCCCUGGUAUCAGGAUUCCAGUAAGACAUUAAUGUUGCUUUUUGUUAAUUGUUCAAUACAUAUAUCAUGCAAACAGAUUCAUAUGCCAUUUGUGGGUGUUCAAUAGAUAGAAAGUUUGCUCCCCCUUCCCCCUAAAUACUCGAAUUAAAAAAUGUUAUCCAAAAGUCUACCAUGUAAAGGUAUUAAGAUGGGGAAUUUAGUCACGUAAUUUAAUUGUAUUCGUUUUAAUAUUUAUUGAAAUGACUGUCAACGUCCAAAUGCAGUUAAUCAUUUUAGAAACAUUUUCAAAUGGUAGAUUAAAUUUAAAUUCAGUCUAAAGAAUGUUGUGCAUAUACAUAAUGUUAUUGAAAUCCUAACCCUCUUAACACAUAUUAUAAGCAUGUCAUUAAUUCGAAUUUAUUGCUAAGUAAUCAUUGGACCAUUCCUAUGUCAACAAUCACUUUCAAACAUUUCAAAAGGUACAAAUAGAUGGUUACCGUUUACAAAAUGUUUGAUGUUUAGUUAACAGAAAUGAGAUAAUUCAUCGUUGGGUAAGAGGGUAUUGCAANGGGGGGGGGGGGGGGGGGAGUUUGGGAGAAAGAAAUUAAAGGAAAAAUGGUCAGCAAAAAGUUGGAAAGUCGCUCUGCAUGUGUGUUUUGAAUUCUAAACACAGGUCAUCAAAUUCUUCCUGUAGCUUUGCAAUGGCAUCAGUAUACUCACUACUGAAUGGUGUGCCAGAAUCCAUGAGUACUUUUCAAUUUGGUAAGUGGCAGAGGUUUUUCAAAGAACAAUAACACAAGUGUGUGCAGACUGCAGCGACAUUGACAUAGGCAGCACUGAAAAGCUACCUCUGAUCUUGUAACUCCUUGUUGAGUACAAAGAGAUCCUGUUUAAUGUCAUCAAGAAAAGCCAUGUCCAUGAGCCAUUUGGUAUCACGUAGUACAAGAACAACCACCCCAUCCUCCUUGAAGGCUUUGAAGGCUAAAACGUGUUCAAACAGUUGGCAGGAGCAGGCACUAUUUAUGAAAUAUUGAUGCGAAGAAAGAUGCUAUUGUAGGGAGAAUAAAUUUUGAUUUUUUUAUCGUAGAAAAGGCCUUUUUGACUAAAACCUACUUUCAAUGGCACCAAGCUGACAUGCUCGGUAUUUUCCUAACUCGUUAACACUGGGGGCAAUUUUAAUAGGGAUAUUUGAUACUGUGUCAGAUUUCUACAAUUUACACAAUUGUGGUUGUGCUUUACCAACUAACUGACUUUUUAAAUUUUUAUGAAAACCGUAUUUUGGCCAGGCUUGUCUCAUAAAAUGCUAUAAAAUAAAAACUUUUAGUCAGGUUUCAAAACGGUUUUUACCAUUAUAAUAAAAAGUCCAAAUCUAUUCAAACAUGAUGAAAAUAAGAAUAAGACUAGUCGAUGAGAUUCGACCGAAACUUUCGCGGAGGGUCACAUUAUAGAUAUGAGAAUAGGAACAACUCGCGGGCCGCAUUACACUAAACUUUGAUGUCAUGUAGCUGGCCGCAAAAUAUCGUCUUGUGGGCGGCAAAUGGCCCGCGGGCCGCGAUUUUGAAACCCCUCUAUGGGUUUUAAUUGUUAAGGUCAAUUUACAUAUACGAAUACUUUUAUCAAUAUUUAAAUUUAAGUUGCAUAGUUGUUUGUGACAUGUGCAUAUUUGGUAUUUACUGGAUAUUUUUUCACAAAAAGAAAUGUAUUAACAACGUGAUAAUGAAUCGUAGUUUAAAGGAAUUUUGAAACCAAAAUUGAGAAUUUAAAAACAAAAUGUAUUGGGUUUUUAUUGAUUUGUAUUUUUAGAUUUAAAAAAUAUUACAUGAACCGAUUUAUUAUUUGAAGAACGUGAAUCAGGCUGCGUUGGGUGCGGACCGCAACGGUUGACACCAUUUUAGGGGUGACACCCACUUGAAAAAUUGCAUAUUUACAGAGCACCACUGCUUGGUCUAACGGAGAUUUACAAAAGGAUAACCCAUCACAUAUACAUUUUUCACUAAUGUAACAAAUUCAAAUGCUUGCUUUAUUUAAAGUUCAAGGUUGAUGCGUCAGAAAUGAGAUGACCCUAUGUUUAUGUCAGAAAAACACUGUUAUUAUUCAAUUUAUAAAAUAGGACUUUCCAUUGAUACCCAAUAAGUUGUGGUCGGGCGAUUCCAAGUAUAAGAAUCGGUAAAAAUUAAAAACAAUAAAAAUGAACUUUUACCCCUUUAUAGCGUUAAAUAUAUAUAAUUUAACAUUUUUCAAUCUUUAAAUGAUGAAUAUUUAUUUAAAUUUAAAUGAAGACAAGUGUUUUGAUAACAUAUAAUAGCAUAUAUCAAAACCUCGAAAAAUUCAAAAAAUUAUAUUUUUGCCGAUUCGCCCUUUAACAUUUGAGCACGAUUGUCAUAUUUCGACUACUGGGUUUUACCUGUCACCUUUCUGCCUUGUAUUUUAGACAGUGCUAUAACUUUUGUUUUUCAGCUGCUGACAGUAAUUAUAAUUUCUUUUCUUGAACAUGACACAAUUAAAUCAUUUUUAUUGUUCACAAUUAUUAUGUCAUGCCACACGGCAUGCACAAAUCUAAACAGCCAAGUGGCUGUCAGUAGUGAAAAGAAAAAAAUAAAAUACUCGACUUACUAAAAAUCAAGACAAGAAUACAUGCUUCGAUAUCAAGAAACCAAAUGAUGACAAGGGUCAGGGUUCAUCAAAAGACUUUCCUCAGCAUACCAUUGAUACUGAUACUAAUUCUCCUGAUAACAGCAGGAUGCAUUCUUUUCAGAAAAUGAUUGAGAAAAUGGAAGAGAUUGACGUGAAAACACAAGUAAAAGACAUGAGUGGUUUGGAAACAGAAAUGUCUGAUGAUAAUGCUGAUUCAAAACAAGAUGCUGUAAAUGUAAUGGCUAUUGACAAAAACUUGCACAUUUGAUCAGAUGCUUCUCUCUGGAAUGUACUAGUUCCAGAACAGUGUCGGUCUGAAAUUUUUAAAAUCGGGAGAACCUCGCUUCAGAACAUGGAGGGACUAUUCAGCGUAGUUACAAGGCAAAAUGUGAAAAUAAUUGAGGUGUUCUCCAACUACCCAAACAAUGAAUCUACCGAAUGAUGCAAAAUUGCGGGGAAAUACUACGGACGUGGAUGGUUUAUUCACUCGUCAGUCAAAAAUUGUAUUGUUUUUCUCCCUAUUGUUUGAUCUUAAUGUUACAGAAAAAGCAUCCAAAUUUGUUACUGGCUUUGAGAAGUGGUGGAGGCUGAGCCCAAAAAAACAAAAUCAUGAAGCAUCAAAUAGCACCUAGUUUGCCUUGAAAAGUGGAAGCAUUGGCAACAGAACUUAGGAUACAAACAAAAACAAUUGCUACCGAAAAUAUUGCUGUGAUGGACAGGGAGAAGAAAAUGUGGAGAGAUGUCCUGCACAGGUUGUUGAAUAUCACAUUUUUUCUUCCAAAUGAAAAUCUGGCAUUUUUUGGCCACAACGAAGAUGAAUCUUCAAUGAAUUUUUCUUGAAAUGUUUGAGAUGCUAUCUAAAUUUGAUCCAGUGCUGAAAGAACCCUAAGACUCAAGAGAAGUAAAUCUACAGAAAAAGAAUCCGCUUCUUACCUUCCACUAGAAACCUCAAAAAUAUUAAAAAUAUCCUUGCAAAUCAUGUGAAGGAGAUUAUUAUCAUGGAUAUAAAUGCUGCGAGGUAUUUUGAAUUAUGUUAGAAAUUACACCUGAUAUAUCACACAGUGACCAGAUGUCUGAAAAGAUCAGAUAUGUGAAAAUCCACAAUGGGAAAGCUGAAGUAAGAGAAAUGUUUUUCGCAUUUACCAGUUAAGAUGGAAACAAUCUGAUGACCUCAGUUCUCUCAUUCUUAUAAACUUUAAAAAAUAAUGUUCUGAGCUAAAGGUUACGAUAAUGCUGCCACACUGUCUGGAAUCUAUGGAGUUUUCCAGGCCUUUCAGAAAAGAAAUAAGAAGAAAGCCAUUUUUAAUGAAUUUUUGUACCUUAACUUAACGUGUGUGGUCCACAUUCUUUUGCAGAAAAAGUUUCCUUUAUUACAUUUCUCGGUACACUUGAAAGAAUAUUUUCUUCUUUGCUGAAUCCAAUCAUUGAUAGAAUGCUCUUAUUUAACACACUGGAAUGUUGCUGAAAAGACUGUCAACAACGCGUUGGAGUGCUCAAUCAUGUUUCUGUUAAAACAUUGAAAGAUGAGUUUGAUGAAUGUGUGGCUGCUAUUGAAGCUCUGUGUAAUCCUUUUCAAAAUUUAGAUACACGAGUUACAGCACAGGGUCUUCUAUAUGCUGUCUGCGAUUUCCCGUUUAUCUGCUACCUUUACCUUUGGGAAGAUCUACUCGAGGAGGUUAAUCCUACACAGCAGUAUAUGCAGAUCAUAGGCUUUAAUCUUGAUAAAGUAGUGAUAAAGGCUUUAAGAUUAUGUUGAAUGAAAAUCACUGUCCCUUUGUGGAACACGCUAUUGAAAAGGAACUUUUAAAAACAGACCAAUAUGGAUUUCAAUAGAUAGAAGAUUAAGGUUUAAAAGAAGGCAGGAGAACAGUUAUAGAUACUGGACUCUCUCUGUGUGAAGAAACAGUAGGGAGAUGUUUGGUUGUAUUAAUCACUUUCAUUCUGAACUUCAGAUCAGAUCAUGAGCGAUCAAGAAAUAGCAGAUAUUUUAUUUGUUGCUCAACCUAAGACUCUACUAGAGUCAGUAAGGCAAGAAGAGUUAGUGGUGUCCGCUCCAAAAUUAACCUCUUUCCAUGAUUAGUUAUUAGAAGGUGAAAUUUUAAAAGAAAUUUAAGGCUUAGGAGACAUCUAAAUGCAGCUGAUAUUAACAAAAGUCAUGGACUAGUUAGUAUUUGAUAUUUUGAAAUUCAUAGCUGAGUCGGACUUGAUAGAAUCUCUUCCAAUACUCUAGCUAAUCCUUUAAUUUUUCUUACGAUAUGAGUUUGUGUGGCUUCAAGUGAGCGGAGGUUUUCAAACCAAAGGCUUAUCAAGAAAUAUUUAUGAUCCAACAUGGGGCAGUUUAGGCUUUCUGAUGUGGCUCUGCUAUCAAUUGAAAGUGAUACAGUGAAGGGCAUUUAUUUGCAUCAAGUUAUCGACUGGUCUGCAGCUUUGAAGACUAGGAAAGGAAAAUUUUUAUUAAAGUAAAUUUUAUGUAAAAAUAACUAUAACUUAAAUUUGUCACAGUUUUUAAAUUUAUUGACCUCAAUACCUUGAAUUUAUGAGUUUUUGUUUUUGUCAUUGUCAUGCUGUAGACUUUUUUAACAAGAAGAAAUCCAUCGUGGAAGUUUGGGGAGGGGGGAAUGACACAAUGAUUUUACCGCAACGGGUAACACCAAACGUAGCUACGCCACUGACGUAAAUAAAAAAAAUAAAUUAUGGCAUCAAUUAAACCGUUUGAUUCCAACGAAAUGAGAUGUGGGGUGGAAUAAGAUGUUUAAAACUCAUUUCAGUAACAAUUAAAAAAUGCAAUUAUUUCUGAAAAUCUUUUUCUUUUUUUUUUUGUUGUUGUUUAUAUUUAAUUGGGGAUCAAUUUCAGAAAAUGAUUUUUUUUUCUUUAAAGGAAAUAUACUGUGGUACCGUUUAAAAAGCUUUCAAUUGAAGAGCUUUAUCGAGAACAACACGGUGUUUGACUACACUGAGCCAGGGGAAGAGAAACAGAAAUACGAAAUUUCAACGAGGGAAAUAAUGAAACCGGUCGACAAAGUACAAAUACACGCUAUAUUCAAAAAAGAUAAAGAAGAACCUAUUCUAACAUUGUGUGAAGUGGAG